CCUUGUAUCUGCCCAUCCGGGUUCCAAAGCAUCACAUCGGAAACAACAUCAUACAAACGCACCGCGUUUAAGCUUUACUACGUCUGCGUCUCUCGUGCCCAGACUGUCACCAUGGUAUCACCUGUGGAUGUGAUUGUAGUGGGAGCUGGGAGCCGUGGAGAGACAUACUCAUGCUAUGCCUCCCUCCAUCCUGAACGCAUGCGAGUUGUUGGAGUGGCUGAUCCCAGGGACUUUGCACGAGAGAAACUUCAGAAGCAACAUAGAGUAGCAGAUAACAACUUGUUUGUUGAUUGGCGUGAUAUAGUAGAAAGGGAGAAGUUUGCGGAUGCAGUGUUCAUUUGUACCCCAGACCGUCAUCACAAGGACCCUGCCGUGGCGCUAGCUAAGAAAGGUUAUCAUAUUCUUCUGGAAAAGCCUAUGGCUGUAUCAGCUGAGGACUGCGCAGAGAUUGUAAGAACUUGCAUUCAAAGCGGUGUGAUGCUCACAGUUUGCCAUGUACUCCGAUAUGAUCCUGUCAUCCGCAAGAUCAAAGUGCUUUUGGACAGUGGAGUGAUUGGAGAUGUUGCUCAUAUUCAACACCUGGAACCGGUUGGCUUCUUUCACUUUGCCCACUCCUUUGUUCGAGGAAACUGGAGGAAUGAAGCUGAGAGCUCUUUUUCACUUCUGGCCAAGUCCUGCCAUGACAUUGACCUAAUACAUCACUGGGCUGGAGGACGAAGUUGUUUAAAAGUGUCUUCGUUUGGAUCUCUCAGUCACUUCCGCAAAGAGAACAAGCCGACAGGGGCUGCAGAUCGCUGCCUAGAUUGUCCUGUAGAGAAAGACUGUUCAUAUUCUGCACGCAAGAUAUACCUGGAUAGGGUCAAACAGGGCUGUGUGGGCUGGCCCGUGUCAGUGAUAUGCCCCAGCUCCAUCCCAGACAUUGAGUCUGUGACAGAGGCUCUGAAAUCAGGGCCAUAUGGCCGUUGUGUGUACCAGUGUGACAACGAUGUCUGCACCAACCAGGUGGUGAACAUGGAGUUUGAAGGGGGUCUUACUGCAGCCUUUUCCAUGGUGGCAUUUACAAAGGAUAUUUGUAAUCGAAGAACCACUAUUUAUGGCAGCAAGGGGGAGCUGUCGUAUGACGGAAAUGAGAUCAGAGUGUUUGACUUCCUCACCGGGAAGGCCACAAAACACAUGGCAGAGACCAGAGCUCCAGAGGCUUUUGGCUUGUGCGGGCAUGGGGGGGCGGACUACCACCUGGUGGAAGCCUUCAUCUCUGCUGUGGUGAGUGGAGAUUCAUCUCUAAUCCUUUCGGGACCAGAGGAGACUCUACUGAGCCACAAACUGGUGUUUGAGGCUGAGCGGGCUCGAUUGGAGAGCAAGGUAGUAUUCUGUGGUCCUUUAUCAGGACCAGAGGGCUCCAUGAAGCGGAGAAUUGAGACUAUACACUAAUAAACAUAGAAAUGAAUCAACAGUAAUGAUUAUGACGGAGAUCACCCGGGUACAUGUGAAUAAUUUAUCAACUGGAUAUUUGAUGUUACUUUAUGUAAUUGUUAUGUUCCAAUUCCAUUUUCAAAAUGUCAUGUAUGCUUUUUUGUAAAUUUUUUUGAACAUUUUAAAAGAUUAGUUUUGCAAGCUAAUAUGCAAAUGUUUUAUGAUUACAAUGGGGUGGAUCAUUUUACAGUUAAAUGAGACCCUGUAGGCAUUAGUUAAUUUUCACAAUUAUACAAAUGUUUGUGUUUAUUUUAAUAAGAUUUCCUGCAUUCUCUGAAUUUAGGAAGUUGACUUCCUGAAUCAAGUGUGAAAACAGUCAGGACUACCCUUAAUCUCCCACUUCCUCUCUUGCUCUUUGCCUCUUCUGUCUCACCAGUAAAUGUGUGUUCUCUGCUCUUGUUGGCACGUAGCCAUGAGCCCCCUCUCUUUCCAUUUACUGGAACAUCCAUGGACAUCUAAAUGUUGAAAAUGUUGAGAUGUAGCCAACUCCUACUGCUUUUUCAGGCGCUUUCUCAUCAGUUUCUUUCCCUGCUGUCUCUAUCCAAUAAAACAUGCCAGAGAAUAUGUAUAUAAAAAAUUGAGUCAGUUGGUUUCAUCUUUUUGUCCGUCCAGACCUUUGUGCCAUCAAACCCAUUUAACUUAUCCAGUGCACCACC